AUGUCUCCUAUGAAAGUUGCGGUUGUCGGUGCCAGUGGUAAAGUUGGACGUUUAUUGAUAAACCAAUUGAAGGCCAACGAUAGUUUCUCAACACCAUUAGCGAUUGUUAGAACACAGGAUCAAGUCAAUUAUUUCAAGAAUGAAGUAGGUGUUGAUGCUAGUUUGACAGAUAUAGAAAACGCGUCCGUUAGUGAGAUCACAGACGCUAUUAAGGCUUAUGAUGCCGUGGUCUUUAGCGCCGGUGCGGGUGGUAAAGGAAUGGAAAGAAUUUUCACGGUUGAUCUGGAUGGCUGUAUCAAAGUUGUUGAAGCAUGCGAAAAGGCUGGUAUCAAAAGGUUCGUUGUUGUUUCAGCGCUCAAGGCGGAGGAUAGAGAUUUUUGGUAUAACAUUAAGGGUUUGCGUGAAUACUAUAUUGCAAAGAGAUCUGCUGAUCGUGAGGUUAGAAACUCUAAUUUGGAUUACACUAUUUUACAGCCUGGAUCGUUGGAACUAAAUAAAGGUACCGGUCUUUUGCAACCCCUUGACAAAUUAGAAGAGAAGGCUUCUGUUAACUACUCCAUUAACAGGGAGGAUGUAGCUUCUUUUAUUGUGGAAAGCUUGCUACAUCCAAAUGCAACAGUGAAAAAAACCAUUUCGUUGGUAAAUGGCAACGAGCCAAUGGAAAAAUUCAUUCAAAGUUUGUAG